AUGCCGUUCACGUUCCGUGUAAACGACAUCCGUAAGAGCGACUUCGACGCUUUGCUUCAGCUGCUUCCAAGACCGGUUGCUGAGUACGGCGCGCCGUUUAGCACCUCAAGCUACCUGAAUCUUGGUUUCUCUCUGGGCGGAAGCGUCGGAACGUAUCUGCUUUCUGCGCAUGACGAGGUCCUUGCAAGUCUCGACUACGACGGCUCCUUCUUCGACACACUGGCUAACGACACUGUUAAUGCAAAGAAGCCAUCUUUUGACGCUCAUGCAUGGCCUCGGUGA